UGUUUUGCACAUCGUAGACUAAUUCUGUAUGCAAAUAUGGAGCGACUAAAAAGUGUAGUUCAUGGAUUAAUUUUCUUCCUCGCACUGACAACAUUUACGGUUGCCGCCUAUAAAAGAAAUCCCCUUAAAGAUCCACGCAUCUGUGGACGACCCGUGUGCCUCGAUACAAAUACAAAGUUCCGGUACAAUGUUGGCACGCUGUACAAAUUUGACUAUUCCAUGUACGUAAAGACCGCUCUGGUCGGUAGCGGUGAUAACAUUUCCGAGCUGUACAUAUCUUCCGUGGUAGAGAUGGAUUACUACGCACCCUGCCAGGGCAUACUGCGUCUGUUCUCGAUCGAAGUACGGGAUCGACCGGUGCAGGAGACAGAAGAGACAGAUUUUGAAUAUGGCGAAGAACCAACGGGCGAUGAUAGUAACACAUUGGAUCAGGAGGAAGCGGGCGGUGUCCAUCCAAAAAGUGAAACCAUCGCCGAAGAGCUAAUGCGUUUCGAGCUUCGUUUUGCUUUCCAUGAUGGUACGAUCAGUGAGAUAUGUCAUGAGGACGAUGAGCCAAUAUGGACGUUAAAUUUGAAGCGUGGAAUCCUGUCGAACCUGCAGAAUACGAUGCCAAGGUUCGAUAUUGAUUACGAAACGACGGAAACCGAUGUGUCCGGUAUUUGUGAUGUGAAGUACAGCACGAACGGUCGUAAUGGAACGAGUUUGUUGUUCCGUAAGACGAAGGAUAUCGUGUCGUGCAAGCGACGGUACAAAACUGUGUCUUUUAUACAAACGGUGGCGUAUGACUUCCGAUCGAAUUACGUUGCAUGGCCAAUUCUCAACUCUACAAGCUAUUGUGAUAUUUCGAUCGACCGUUCGAUCCAUAAAAGUGUUUCCUGCUACGAACGGCAUCAGCUGGAACCGUUUUCUAAUCGAUUGGCUGGCGCAGUAACCGAGACGUUCAGUAAGCUCGAGCUAGCCGAUGAAGAGGCGUACACGCAGGAAGGACAUCAGGAAGAAAUCGAUAUUCAGCGCCGUUCUUCAUUGCUGUACGAUCACACACCUUCCAUACGCGAUAACCACAACGAAAACAAAGCUGCCCGGGAAUUACUGCUGGAACUGUGUGCUCAAGGAUUUCCCAACAUUAAGCGCAACUUUCCGGAUGUGUUUCUUAAGUUUCUGACUGCAGCUCGUGCUAUUUCGCAUACCGCACUAGCUGAGCUGCUAAAGCGCUCAAAGUCUACCUGCGACAAUGGACCAAACCACAUUAUGGAAAGCUUGCCUUACAUCGACACUGCUGCGUCGGUUACGAUCAUGAAGGAUCUAAUCGUUAGUGGAGCGGUAAGUCAUCCACUGUCCAGCAAAUGGAUGGAUUCGUUUGCCUAUCUGACGCGCCCGAACGAAGAAGUGCUGGAGGUUAUGAUGGAGCUGAUCGAGUAUGGAAAGGAGUCCGGCAAUCAGACUUAUCUGCUGUCGGCAACCGCAGUCGUGCACACGUUUUGUAAAAUUAACUCAGACUGUGUAGAAAGUGAAGCGGUACAGUCGAUCGUACAGUCGCUGGAGGAAGAGCUGCUCGAAACGCUGCGGGAUGCAGGAUCAGAGCUGGAAAAUGAUCGACGCAAGUAUGAGCGGGUGAUUGUGCUGCUAAUGUCGCUCGGCAACAUGGGUGUGGUGAACAAGCGCUUUAACUACGAGCUGCGAACAAUUAUCGAAAGUGACCAAUAUCCGACGGCGGUCCGUGUCGAAGCGGUGAACGUAUUUCGACGUAGCGAUUGUACGCGUACGAAGGAUUAUUUCUUGAAGCUCUACUCAUCGUUCCAGUUGGAUGUGGAGGUGCGGAUAGCCGCCUACUUGCAAGCCAUGCGCUGUCCUGAUUAUCUGUCCGUGAAACUGAUCAAGCACGUACUGAAAACGGAGGAAGUUAAUCAAGUUGGUUCGUUUGUAUGGUCGCACCUGACUAAUCUCGCGAAAAGUGCGUCACCGGUGCGGGUCGAAGCGCAGGGCCUGCUGUCGGAAAAUGGUGAAAACUUUGGCAAGAAAUUUGGACGAGAUGUGCGCAUGUUUUCUCGCAACUACGAGCAGACACUGUUUUUCGAUGAGUACAACUUUGGCUUGACGGUUGAUAGUAAUGUUAUCUUCAGCACGGAAUCAUACCUACCGCGGACGGUUCGGUUAAAUCUAACCACCGAUGUGUUUGGAGAGUCGAUCAACUUUCUUGAGCUGAAUGUGCGAAUUGAGGGUUUGGAAGACUCGGUGCAUAAGCUGUUUGGUCCGAACGGAACGUACAGCGCUAAGAUGGUUAAUGAACAGCUGAUGAGGUACAUGAAACACUUGCGGCAGUACAUCCCGGCUAAAGUGUUGGAGCUAUUUGAGGAUGAUACGGUAGAGAAUGACGAUCUGGACGAUGGCGACAGUAUGGGGCGUGUAAAACGUGCUGUAACCGAACGUUUGCCAGCACUGAUCGCACGGAAAGUGCAGGACGAUGUAGAUCAGCUCGGGUACCAUUUUAAGAGUAAUUUCAACAAACCACGCUUUACGGUUGGCGUCAAGAUAUUUGGCAAUGAGCUGAGAUAUUACACUGAUGGGCUGGAACUGUUCACCAUAGCGAACCAGCGCAGAAUGUUGGGUGGUUUGUUUUCCGGAACGGAGCAAGCAUACACGAAAUCAUCCGUAUUUUUAGACACCUCGUACAAUGUGCCGCUCAGUUCGGGAUUACCCUUGUCGCUGAGUCUUGUCGGUGCGUCGUCGAUCGAUCUACGUAUGACGGGCAUUGUUAAAGCUUUUGAUUUUACCCGUUUUCUGGCCGACAUUGAGGGUCGCAUUAAGCCUAGUGUAACGAUAGACCUAACGGCCACGAUGAAAAGUGACCUUAUACAUGCCGGUACGGCGAUCAAGGUAAAGACCAAUCUGUACUCCAGCUCAGCCUGGGCUGCACAUCUAAAGAUUCGCGGAAAGGAUCAUGCUGUACUGCAGGUCAGCUUGCCACAGGAUCGUAACGAUAUCUUUAGCAUUCGGUCGGAGAUGUUUGUGAUGACGGAAAAGCGGGAAUUACGCCAAACUGGUAUUGAGCUUCGCUAUUCUAAUUCCACCUGUACCUGGCCUUUUAUCGAUCAGGCGAUCGGUUUGAAAAUGUGUGCCAACUACAGUCUGCCAGACGUAAGCAACAGCAAAGACAUCGAGGUACCGAGUCUUAUUUUGAGUGGACCAAUCAAUUUCGACGUUAGUCUGGAAAAGGCUGAUCUGACGGCGAAGAUGUUUGCCUUAAAGUACAGCUGGACGGAGCGACAAAAUCAAACCGUCGUCUCGGUACUGUUUGAAACGCCCAACUCACAAAUUCCACGAAUAUUCCGUGCAAAUGUUACACACGAACUGCAUCGCAAAACGGCUAGUUUGUCGUUUGUGAAUGGAAACAUCUCGCACAAAGCGCUCGCCGUAUACAUCAACAAUCCGGAUCAGCAUCGGUUGGAGGUGUCGUUAAAUGUGAACGAUCGUAAGUAUCUAGCGUACGGUAUGGGGUACAACAAGACGGAAACACGCAACGGAAGGAUGUACUAUCCGUCGUUCUAUCUGUCGGUAAACAACGAACGAAUCGCUGGCAUGAGCGGUCAGGUGCGGCAGAUGGAAAAGAACAAUGUCACCCAGUGGGAUUACACGAUCAUGUUCGAGACGAAGCGGGUUCGCGCGAAAACAAUCGGAUAUUUAUCGAUUUCGAACGACGCAACGUACAUGCUGCACAACUCAAUGGAAUAUCGGUUUUCAUCCAGCAAACCUCAGAGUUUGGUGAUCAAUGCGUUGGCAGAAGCGAUCAAAAAGGAUUUGAUGAUGUACCGCGGCAACUUUGACCUACGGUCUAGCGCUUAUCCGAAAUUUGACGUAGCGCUCAAUGCCACACUGCUGCAGGGUAUUGGCCGUUUCGAUUUUACCUUGCUGCACAACAAUGCACCGGACUUGAGGAAUGAAAAGCAUCUGACGACGGUAAAGAUCAUUUUCGCCAAUGAUAACCCGUACCGCAGCCAGCUGAUUCUGGCGGCUAAUAACCAGCAACCGGUAGAGAAUCCGGCUGGACGAACAAGCUUGUCGUUUGAAGUUACCAACAAACAAUCAAAGGUUGACGUGAAGGCAAUGAUUGUUCAUGAAAAUAUGCUGAAGAAAGGUGUAGAUCAUACGUUCCGGAUGCUGUUCCGAUAUGCCCCGGAUCGGGAUGUGGUUGGUGUGGUUUCGGUAUCCAUUCCACGGUCGCAGCUGUUUCGGUUCGAGAGCAUGUUCAACCUGACCGUGCCCGGCUUUCAUCCGUGCACGGGUUCCAUAAGAGUGAUGGAAAAAACUCAGAAAGAGCACAGUUUUGAUUUUAAAGGAAUAUGGUUUUCGGCACACGCACUAAACGUUAGCGGUUGGUACAAGGAUCGUAGCUCGAACGUGAAAAGCUACCAUCACGCAAAGCUGGCGGCACAAAUUGGACCGACAUUCAGGGAAGCCUACGGUGAGCUAAAAUACAUCCAGGAUGAGUAUGAUAAUCGCUUGAGCGUAAAGGCGAUGUAUGACAAGAAACCGUACGGAAUCAUACUGCAGCACACUCAGCAGGUCGAGAACGGAACCAAGACUUAUGCGCAGCUACAAUGGAAGGAUGAACAGUACUGGUUUUCGGCCCUUUUGAAAUCGGUACCCGUGAAACAGUUGGAUGUGGAGCUACAUAUUGACAAAGUCCGCGAUGUAAGUGUGUCCCUCCGAGGCUAUUCGACAGCAGCCAAACGGGAAAUCGGUGUAGAGUUCAAGUGGGAUGCGAACCGUGAUCCAACACAACGGAUUGCUCUAUCGGGAGAAUUAAAUACCCCGAAGGAUCGGGUUUACGAUGGACUAUUCUUACUGUCUUACCCGAACCGUACCUUUAGCGGCACGUUCGAUUCGAACCUGACCGAUCUAAGAUAUUUGGCAAAUGCGCGCAUUUCAUGGAACACUUCGGAGGCAAUUGUGAUUCAUCUGGAUGCCCGCAAGGAUGAUUACAUUGUUCCCAAAAUGGAGCUACUGUUCGAAUUGAAUUCUACCUUCCCCGAUUGGCCACAAAAUGUGCUGAACGGAACAUUUGUCUUACGGGACAAUAAGUUGAUUACGAACUUAAUUGCAAGCUGGGCUAAGGACAAUCAACUGGCGCUCGAACUGAUGGGUUAUUAUUUAUCGAACGAACAGAUAUUUGAUUGCGAACUGGACACUAAACUGAUUAGUACUAUACAACCCGUCCCAACGGUAAAGCUGCACUUGAAACACAAAUAUGUGGCCAACAAGUUCGAAACGAUAUGUUCGGUUAAGCAUCAACCAGCGAACCAACCGUCCCAGGUGCUGUCCGUCCAUUCGAACUGGCAGUACGAUGUGGAUAAGCAGUACACCAACAUUACAGGAUCACUGAAGUUGAUCAGUCCGUUCGAGAGCUACCGGACCGGUGCUCUGGUGACGAAGAUAUCUUUCAACGAAAACCGAGCCAUAACUGGAGCAGCCGAAGUACAGCUUGACGAUGAUCAGUACGAAAUGGUAGUGGAGGGACAUGUACGCAAUCUGGUCGAUUGUAUGCUAACGACCAAUAUUACCUCGUCGAACGUGAACUAUCGCAACAUAAAUGGACGUUUCGGUGUGAGCGAGAAGAACCGUCAUCUAGUGGCGGAGGUUAUUACACCCAAAACAGCGCUCGGCGUAGAGCUGCUUUACGCCGUCGUCUCAACGCAGAACUUUGACAUCAAAUUUCAGCUUGCCACGCCGCUAAAGGAGUUCGAAAAAGUGAUUUUGCGCGGUAAGCUUCAAUCGAACAAUAUUGAUUUCCGUGCCGGCAUGAAUAACAUGGUACUGGGUUGUACGGGUGUGUGGCGUAAGGCACAUUUGAAAGAUUUUGAGUACUCCUAUCGCAUCUACACGCCGCUGCAAAAGUUCGAGGAAAGUGCGUUGAUCGCCAAAGUGGUCAUCAACAGUGAUCGACCCGAGUACUUCGAUGUGGAACUGUCGGGCAAGUUUUCGGAGUACAAGCUAGGAUUGAAAGCGAUUUCCAAGCCGAAACCGAACCUGAUACUACAGCUGCUAUCGCAGACCGCUUCCUCGAUGGUCGAGGACAGCCUGUGGAGUGACGAAACUGCACUGGAGCUGGAUGAGGAAGAAGAGGAAGAGGAAGAGUACGUCGAUGAGGAGGAGGAACAGAAUUUGCUUAACUUGAUCGGUGACAUUGAGCUGUACACGAUUGUGCUACCGACGAUCGUGGGUACGCUGGAGCUGACGGAGAAGAAUUCACAGUAUCGAGCGAUCGGUAAGCUGAAGCUUCCACAAGGUGACAUCGAUAUUCGCGAUCGAUUCUAUCUGAAGGAUUUCCUGAACAUGCAAAAUAACUUGCGUCUCAAGACACCGUUCCCGGUAGCAAACCUGAUAACUUCGGACUUUGUGCUGAAAUACUCUUACGCUGCAACGGACAUAACAGUGGGCAUGAAUGUGAAGUUCAACAACCGUUCGGAAUGGGUCAAUACUGGAUUCCGUGUGAACUACAGGUACAAUUUGGAUGAGGCGGAGGUGCACAAACAUCAAGCACUGGUAGACCUGAUGACGCCGAUGAAAAAUUUGCAAAAAGUGUUCCUCAAUGGAUCACUGGAACUGGAGGAUCACAGCUAUAAGGGUAAUCUGACUGCUAAAACUAUGACUACUGAUGCAUCAUUGGCACUAUCGUUUGAAAGCGAAGACGAAUUCAUCGAUACAUACAUGAGUCUCUGGGUGCGUGCCCCGCUAAUGCCGUACUAUGCCUGCCGAGUGUUUUACAAGCAAGAUUUCUCCAACACCGAAAAUUUGAUGGAUCUGGGUUUCAUGGUCAACGACGGUGAUUUGUAUAGCAAUUUCCGCAUGGAUGGAAGCUGGUCGUUUGCGAAACCUCAUUACAUCAAAGGUGCCGGAAAGUAUCAAUCCAAUUUCUUACCCAUCAACCUUAUCAAUACCGACUUCUUAAUCACCCGAUCGCCGAUACCUAAAGCUUACUGUAAUGUUAAGUUCUACGACAAGAAAGGUGUAGUAGAGGAGGUACGAGUGAAAGCAGAACGGAACCGAGAAAUGUUCUCCAUUGAUCUUAGUGUACCGAUGGAGGAUUACAAGAAUUUAUCCAUCCAUGGAAGGCUGCAGCACCGCGAGGACAGCGAGUACGACGUAUCGGGACAGUUGUUCCGUAAUGAGCAUACUUUCCAGUUGGAUGGUAAAGCAACGAUCAUUGAUGACAUUCCCUACCGGGCGGAGCUACAUUUCCAACCGCUUACUGCGGAAGGAUCAAUAGGAGCAAUAAGGUAUCGGUGCGAUAGAAAUGCGAUCGUUACCAGCUUGAAUCUGGAAAUCGAAAAUGGAGCUAAGUUAGCCAGGUUGGAAGGUAACUUUAAACUGAAAGCAAUGUCCGAUUGGUUCGUGAGGAUGGGUCUGGAAUCGUCCGAACCAGGUGUGAAAGAUGUGAAAUUAAAUAUCGGAAUAACUCCGGAUGCGAACAAACAAACAGUGGGCAUGUUCAAGCUCCAUUCUCCUUGGGUCCAGUACGGUAUCGAUGAAGCAGAUAUCGAGAUGCUGUUCGAUGUGCAACCGAUAUCAGGUUCAGUGAUUGCACGAUACGCGAUCCGGAACGUAUCCGGUGAUGCUAGCUGCUUGUGGAACUGGGCACUAAAGUCAGACAUGAAGUUCGCACUGGAGAAUCGGGUGGUAAGAAAUGCGGUGGAACGUUACUUCCGUACCGGUGUACGGUAUGUAAGCCCGGAUCUAGAAAACAACCACAACUUUACUUUCGGUGGUGAUCUCAACUUGAACAACAUUUGGAUAUUCAGCGCUAACGCUUCAGUAGACUUUAUUUCCAUCCGUGAUGUGUCCGCUGUAAUGAAGGUGCUACUACCGAAACCGGUAGGUGAUGUGCACACGCUAGCGUUUGUUAUGAACGGAGAUUUACCGUUUAUGGAUAAGGUGAAAACGUUCAACAUGGAAACGUCGUACGAAACGGAUGAAAGUCGCAAACGUUACGCCUACCAGACGGAGUACAGCGGUAUCGGAGAUCAGCGGGUGCUGGUGCGAUUUGACUGGGGUCCGGAUAUUCGCAAAGAGAGAAUACAAACGACGAUGAACAUAUUCCGAAAUGGGGAUCAACGUGAGUUGAUGGCACGAUUGCGAGGACCGUGGUAUUUGGAGGACGCAUUUUCUGCUCAUGGAACAUUCAAUAUUGUCGACUUAUUAUAUCUCUUUAGUGGCAAUAUUUCGGUACCGGCAUCAACAAAGGUCGCCAGCGCUAAUGUAGCGUUCACCAAUCUAUCCAACAUGAAGGGUGAUGUUAAUUGUACCACGCCGUUCUUAAAUGUGUCCUGGAUACAUGGCCAACUAGAGUUUAUCGAAACGCCACUGGAAUCUAUACGUUAUUUGAAGGGAACGUGGCCUGAAUCGAGCGCUAUUUUUGAUGCAAAGGCAACCUAUCGGAACAAUAAUCUCGAUCGCGAACAGCAAGGCACUAUCAAGAUCGAAAUACCACUGCAAACUAGACAUUUUGCAGAGGUUAAGUAUGGGUUGGCGCAGCGUCCGUUGAUCACGAACGGGCAUGCAGAGAUUGACUAUAAUAGCGAAAAGGUGCUUAGUGGACAGUAUACUUCAAAGAUGGAAUCAAGAACCGGCUUUGAUAAGGAAACGAUAGACGUGACGUUGGAGAAUAAGCGCAUGCCUGUAGGAGUACAUUAUGUGCAUUCGUUAAGCACAUCAGAUCCAACCAUACGAUCGCUGGAUAUCAAGCGCGCCGAAAUAUUCCAGCUGCGUAAUCAAUCAAACUUCAAAAUAAGCGGUGAACUUCACGUGCUAAGCAAGGACCUGGGUAACGAGUAUCUCGUGAAAGCCAACCACUCGAACCGCACAGUAGUGUUGACGGCCAACUUUGAAGAGGACAAUGAUGUGAGCAGAAAGAAAUCAAAACUACAACUAUCGCCCACCGUUUGGAUUGCUUACGAUUUUAAGCUAACCAAUCGAUCCAGGGACGAUUUGGCGUCGCAAAACUUUACGCUGCAAAUAUCCUACCCGAAGCGUAACAUUUCAGCCGAUGGAUGGUAUUCUUAUACAAAGCAAGCAUUCGAUUCCGAUGUUACUUUCUCGUACAGUCCGAAUCGUACGGAAAAUGCUGAGGAGGAAGGUGAACUUCCAAAGGAACGAACAAUGCGGGGUGGUAUUGAAUGGCGUGAUUUGGACAACAGUACUACGAACGGGCAACACAUUCGUGUGUCCGUUGGACAUCCCAGUUUCCAGCAGGACGUUACGAUGAAUGCACAUUACGUAACAGAUCCGAAGCGUUGGUUCAGCUCGAAGAUGGAACUGCGCUACAAUGACGACAAUGAGCAUCUGGUGGCGAUGGGAUUCAAUUUGAACGAUUUGAAACCGGUUGUUGGGUACUGGAACUAUUCGUACCAUCUGUUUGGAAGGCAUGACGCAUCGGAUUUGGAUAUGGAUUCGAUCGGCUCGAUCGGUUUACGCCCCGGACUGUACGGUGUUAGUUCGAACUCGCAUUACAAACGUGCCUAUCUGUCACAAAUGCACGGCCAUAUGCUUGGCUCGUUAAACGUGCACCAGAAGGAGAUGCUUUAUGAGCGCAUUACUUCCCACAGUAAAUAUCGUCUGUGGACAAAGGCGGCCGGUGCGUAUCCGGUGUACCUAAUCAAUGGAACCCUGCUGGAUGGCACGGACGUUGAUGCUGUUGGCUUUUUCCACCUGGACGUAGACGACAGGUUGGUGCAGAUGAAGAUUAACAUGACACCGGACGGUUCGGAGAACGUGCAUAUGUACGGUAUUGUGCCGGACUCGCGCAGUGCGUAUUUCGAUUUCUGGCGCGAUUAUGAUAAUGCGCGCGAAGUCGACGUGACGUACUACCUGAAGAUGAACCAUUCGCGAUUAAUUACGGGCCAUCUGUUAUGGCGUCCUCAGAUCAAGUCGGAUGUACAGAGCUGGAUUAAGGGGUACGUUAAUCGGAUGCAGCAAGGAAUGCUGGAAUAUGCCGAGUUUUGGAUCAAGCAUGUAUAUCUAGAGUCAAGGGACACGACCUGGGGCAUUUACGAGGCCGCCUUACCCUAUGUAGAAGGACUGUUUGAGGAUGUGGCUGGUUUGGCCGUACUGCAGGAUGAUUUGGAAGAUUUGGAAAGCUUCCUGAACGCAUCGUAUGCGGCGGAUGAUUUUUACAUUCGUUCUGCUAUUAACUUUACCGUCACAGUGCUGGAUGAGCUAGCGAUUAGGAAUAAGAUAACGUCGUUGCCCAAGAUUCUGACCGAAUUGUGGCAUGUGAUGGGUGAAUCGGGACAAGCGUUUGGCAAAUCGAUCACCUGGUUGCUGGAGCAUGUGAAGCUGUCGUAUCAGAAGUUGAUCGAUAUUAUUGGUAAAAUUUUCCAAGGCGAUGGCACCCGAUACUUGACAGCCACACUGGAAAGCUCACUGGAACGAUAUGACAAGUUCGUAAAGGACAUACAUUUGCAGUUUAUAAAGCACAUUCAAGAUAUUUGGGACAAGACGAUCGUGAUGGCCACAUCGUUCUGGCAUCAGCUCCUGCAGAACAUAGAGCCUACGAUAAUUCGGCUAGCGCAUUACGGUGAAUCGUUGGGCUGGUAUGUGGGGAAUGAAAUAUUCACAUUUUUGUACAACAAAACCCAGGAGAUAGCAGACUCACCGUACUUUAAUACAGUCACAAACUUUACCCAAGACCUAGACAAUCUGUACAAGGAUCUGGUAACGGAGGACAUUAUAACGAACUUGAGCAAAUACUCAUCGAUAGUGCGCCGUUUCCUGUGGGAAAAGUACAUGAAAGUGGUACCGUUCGCAAGGGAGCUUCAUCACGUAAUGGAAGGUUUGAAGGAAGAGAUCAAAGAGCUGCGCAAGAUCGAGUUCGUGCAAUUCUUCCUACAGCGUUACGAAGAGACACAAGCCAAGCUGGAAUGGCUUGCCGAAGAGUUCCAGAUUAACAGGCGUCUAAAACAAACGUGGUUAAUCCUACGCAACAAGUUGACGCACAUAGCACAGACCGCUUUGCAGACGGAAAAUCAUUAUCGCGAAGCAAAGACCAAGUUCAUUUUUGAUCCCGACCAUGGAGUGAUUGAGCUGGAACAGAAACUUCCCAUGUCGUGGCAUGCAUUCAACGAAACGCCCAAAUUUGAGGAGAUACCAGAGUUUAAGUACAUCCACGACAUACAGGAUCUGUUUGCCGGCAGCAAUGUGACGGUCUGGACGUUGUGGAAUCAGGUAUGUGCCCAUGCAAGGCCUCAGAUGUGGUUGCCACCGUUUAAGAGUGUUGGAUUGCUGAUCGGUUCCCGACACUACAUGUCGUUCGAUAAGCGUUUCCUAUCGCUUGAACUGAACAACUCCAACAGGUGUCGGUAUCUGUUGGCACACGAUUACCACAACCGAACGUUAACGUUACUUUUGGAACCAUCGAUACAAAAGGAUGGACAACCUUCUCGACAGAUCACUCUCAUAACGGAGGAGGACAUACUGGCGAUCGAUGUGCUAAACAUUUCGGUGAAAAUCAACAACAAAGAAGCAACGGCAUUGCCCGCAAUGAUCGGCACCGAAACGAUAGUUUUCCAAGAAUCGGACCUGCUGUACGUUGAAUCGCGACGUGGCUUCCUGCUCGCUUGCAGCCUCCGGUACCACCUAUGUUGGUUGGAGUUGGACGGCUGGUACUUCGGCAAAAUGGCAGGUUUGCUUGGUACGAUGAACAACGAACCGUUUGACGAUCGGAUCACCUCGUCGAAUCGAUACAGCCAAACGGAUGAACAGUUUAUCGAUAGUUGGGCGCUACCGGAUUGCAGUACGCCAAUCACCACAACGAAUCACACCAGCAACUUUUACAGUGCUUCGAACGAGCUUAGCCAGCUGUGUGAUUCCUUCUUCCGCCAUAAGCUAUCGUACUUUGCGUCCUGUUUCCCGAUAGUCGAUGUGACGCCAUUUUACGAAAUGUGUAUGGAUUUGGGCAACAAUCUUGCGGCUCAUCGGGAUGAUAACUCUACCGAUCGGGGUGCGUGUACAGCCGCACUGGCAUACAUUCAGGCUUGUAUGCUCGAAGAUACGCUUUUGCGUGUGCCAGACAGUUGCAUCAGCUGCUUGCUAAUGAACGGAACUUACGUACCGGAAGGAUCCUUCGUUCCCUUACGGGACGAGGCAGUUCCAAAGGCGGCCGACAUUGUGUUCAUCAUCGAAGCGAAACCUUGCAACGAUCACUUUGUCCAGACCAAGAGUAUCAAUCUGCUGGUGGACGGCAUCUACCGCGAGUUGCAGGAUUCUAACAUACAGGACACACUGUUCGGUGUGGUAGCGUUUGGUGGUGCAGCACCUUUUGAUGGUGCGCACAGUGUUGUGGUUGGAAACAAUGUUUUUGAGCGGCACGAUCGAUUGCAACCGUUCUUCGAUCACAUCACAAUCGGUAACGGUACCAAUGAGGACAUUUUUGACGCCAUUAUCAAAGCCUCCAAACUUAUCUUCCGCCCUGGGGCAUCGAAAACGUUCAUCCUACUGCCGUGUUCGCGUUGUUUCGCUUCCCGGAUGAAGCUAGACUAUUCUUCGCUUGCCCAGCUGUUGGUUGAGAAUGACAUCAAGCUGCACAUCCUGGCAGACCAUGAACUAUCGUUCCAGAAAUCUCGCGUUUCACGACUCUUUUACGGUAUGGAUAGUGGUUUGGCUUACACGAAGAAGGAUGUUAAGGAGUUGAAGGGUGAUUCGGAUCUGAGGCGCCAGAUUCAGCUGCCCAAGGCAACGCUCGGCGAGUGUAUUGCACUAGCGCUGGAAACGGACGGGUCCAUCUUUGGCGGGCACAAGCUACGCCAGGAUCGGUCCAACUCGAACCACACGAAGAAGUUUAUCAAAGUGUUUGCGAAGCGUAUCGCUGCGUCGGCCAAACCGAACAGCUGCCAAACGUGUGAGUGUACCGGUCACAAUACGGGUGUGGCGUACAUGCAGUGCACGCCGUGCUAUUAUCCUUCACCGUUUUCGAUGGACGAUGACGAUAUGACGGACGAGAUGUUCCUAUCCGUGAUGCAGCCCGAUGGUGACUUUAUGUUCGAAGGUUCGGACGAGUAGUUUAUAACAGUUACAGUAAGGAUGAGAGAUGGGAAG